GGGAGGGAGCCGCCGCAGCUGCCGCCGCCGCUUCCACCCAGCCCAGCCCGGCCCCGGGACUCGUCCUCGCCUGGGACUAGCCCGCCAGGCUGGGCUGGCCGGGCCGGCGCUCGAGAAGGAGAGGGGCGACAGCGGCGGCGAAGCGGGCAGCCGCGGGAAAAGCUGGGCUGCCCCCAGACGCCGAGCCAGGGCCCCGCAGCGCCGAGUUGCUUUGGUUCCUUGCAGAACAUGAGUGAAAAACUGAAUGACUGCUUGAUCCAGAACCAAGCUUCCUUGGGGGAGAUGGUUACCAUCAAGACUGAGCCCUGCUCUCCAGGCCAGGAAGAAUAUGGGCAACUUUGCUCAGGAAAGGUUGAGUCCCAGUCCGUGGACAUGGAGCCUAAAAAAAUGAAAGGAAAGCAGGAUUUGAUAAUGUCCAAGAGCUUUCAGCAAGUGGAUUUCUGGUUCUGCGAGUCCUGCCAGGAAUAUUUUGUAGAUGAAUGUCCAAACCAUGGUCCACCCGUGUUUGUGUCAGAUGCUCCAGUACCUAUUGGCAUCCCUGACAGAGCUGCAAUGACCGUCCCACAUGGCAUGGAGGUGGUGAAAGAACCCAAUGGGGAACGGGAUGUGCGCUGUGUGAAUGAGGUUAUCCCCAAAGGUCAUAUCUUUGGACCAUAUGAAGGAAAACUCUCCAGUCAGGACAAAUCAGCAGGAUUCUUCUCUUGGCUGAUUGUUGAUAAGAACAACCGCUAUAAAUCCAUAGAUGGGACAGAUGAAACUACUUCAAACUGGAUGAGGUAUGUGGCCAUAUCCCGAGAGGAAAGGGAACAGAACCUGAUGGCGUUCCAGCACAGUGAGAAGAUUUACUUUCGAACUUGUCGGGACAUCCGGCCAGGAGAAAGGCUGAGAGUUUGGUACAGUGAAGAUUACAUGAAGAGGUUGCACAGCAUGUCUCAGGAGACCAUCAAUAGAAACUUCACUAGAGGAGAUAAAAAAUUACUAAGGGAAAGAUCAGACAGAAAUACUGAAAAUCAAGAAGAUGUGAGCUAUCCACUUGAGCUUACCAUGACAAAGCAAGGAAAGAGCUCUUAUAAACGCAGCUUUGAAGAUGGGGUACCUCCCUCCCAGAUAAAGAAAAAGAAAAUAGAUCUCAUCUUCAAAGAUGUCCUAGAGGCUUCUCUGGAGUCAACAAAGCCAGAAGAGCACAAGUUUACAAAGAAUUCUACUCCUUCCACUAGGAAGUCCUCCAGAUUCCAAGUUCAAGAUGUCUCAGAAAGUUGUGGACCUGGUAUUCGACAGAGCUCUCCAAAUCUCAGAAGCAAAAAUGAGGGUGAGUGGAAGGUCCCCCAAGGCUCUUCUUUCACCAUGUCCAAAGAAAUUGGCCUGCUAGAAGAUGAUGGUGAAGAACCCUUGUCAUUUAAAGUGAACAGCCCCACUGAUCUCUCUCUGGUGUCAACUCAAGAAGAUGCUCUUGAUAUCCCAACAACUUCAUUGUGUCCCAAUUGCAUACGACUGAAGAAGAAGAUUCGUGAGUUGCAGGCUGAACUAAAUAUGCUAAGAUCUGGCAAGUUAGCUGAGCCACCUCUACUACCUCCUCAGGUACCAGAGUACCAAGCAUUUUCAUACCCCACAGCUUCAGAAAGCAUCAUGUCUGUUCCCAUGGAGGAUGAUGACCAGGAGGUAGAUUCUGCAGAUGAAUCGGUCUCAAAUGAAAUGAUAACAGCUACGGACGAGCCCUCCAAGAUGUCUGCUGUCACUAGGAGGAUUCGCCGCUUCAAGCAAGAAUGGCUAAAGAAGUUUUGGUUUCUACGGUACUCCCCUACACUGAAUGAAAUGUGGUGCCACGUCUGCCGGCAGUAUACGGUGCAAUCCUCUCGGACUUCAGCCUUCAUUAUUGGCUCUAAGCAAUUUAAGAUACAUACUAUAAAACUUCACAGCCAGAGCAACCUCCACAAAAAGUGCCUGCAGCUCUACAGGCUCAGGAUGCACCCAGAAAAGACAGAAGAGAUGUGCCGAAAUAUGACUUUGCUCUUCAAUACAGCCUACCAUUUAGCUAUGGAAGGUCGGCCUUACUGUGAUUUUAGGCCUCUUGCAGAACUACUGAGAAAAUGUGAACUCAAAGUAGUGGAUCAGUAUAUGAAUGAGGGAGACUGUCAAAUCUUAAUUCAUCACAUUGCUCGGGCUCUUAGGGAAGAUCUAGUUGAGCGAAUCCGGCAGUCUCCCUUCCUCAGUAUCAUUUUGGAUGGGCAGAGUGAUGACUUACUUUCUGACACAGUUGCGAUAUAUGUACAGUAUCUCAGCAGUGAUGGCCCUCCAGCCACUGAAUUUCUCUCUCUCCAAGAGCUAGGCUUUUCUACAACAGAUAGUUACAUCCAGGCAUUAGACAGGGCUUUUUCCUCCCUUGGAAUAAGGCUGCAGGAUGAAAAGCCGUCUGUUGGUCUGGGAGUAGAUGGUGCUAACAUUACUGCCAGCCUUAGAGCCAACAUGUAUAUGACAAUCAGAAAGACUCUGCCUUGGUUGCUCUGUCUACCCCUUAUGGUACACAAGCCACAUUUGGAAAUAUUGGAUGCAAUCAGUGGAAAAGAGCUUCCUUGCCUGGAGGAAUUAGAGAACAACUUAAAACAGUUACUCAGCUUUUAUCGUUAUUCCCCCAGGCUGAUGUGUGAACUGAGGGUCACUGCUGCUACCCUCUGUGAAGAGACUGAGUUCUUGGGUGAUAUUAGAGCAGUCAAAUGGAUUAUUGGGGAGCAAAAUGUCCUCAAUGCUCUGAUUAAGGAUUACCUGGAAGUGGUAGCCCAUCUCAAAGAUGUCAGUGGCCAAACCCAAAGGGCAGAUGCAUCUGCCAUUGCCUUGGCACUCCUGCAGUUUCUUAUGGACUACCAGUCAAUUAAGCUGAUAUAUUUUUUGCUGGAUGUAAUUGCUGUGCUUUCACGACUUGCCUUUGUCUUCCAAGGUGAGUACCUUCUUGUCUCUCAAGUGGAUGACAAAAUAGAGGAGGCCAUCCAAGAGAUCAGCAGGCUGUCAGAUUCUCCUGGUGAAUAUCUACAGGAAUUUGAGGAAAACUUCCGUGAAAGCUUUAAUGGUGUUGCUGUGAAAAACCUACGGGUGGCUGAAGCCAAAUUCCAGUCAAUUCGAGAAAAAAUAUGCCAGAAGACACAGGUGAUUCUAGCCCAAAGGUUUGAGCCCCGCAGCCGGGCAUUUGUGAAAGCUUGCCAGGUAUUUGACCUUGCAGCUUGGCCAAGAAGUGCAGAGGAACUCAUGAGCUACGGCAGGGAGGACAUGGUGCAAAUAUUUGAACAUCUGGAAUCAGUGCCGUCCUUUUCCACAGAAGUCAGCAGAGAGGGCAUGGACACCAGAGGGAGUUUGCUCAUGGAAUGGAGAGAACUCAAGGUGGAUUAUUAUACCAAAAAUGGUUUUAAAGAUUUAAUCAGUCACAUUUGUAAAUAUAGGCAGAGAUUUCCACUUUUAAAUAAAAUAAUCCAGAUCCUCAAAGUCCUCCCCACUUCCACAGCCUGUUGUGAAAAGGGCCGCAACGCCCUUCAGAGAGUACGCAAAAAUAACCGUUCUCGGCUCACUCUGGAACAGCUCAGUGAUCUUUUGACAAUUGCUGUUAAUGGACCACCUAUUGCCAAUUUUGAGGCUAAAAGGGCGCUAGAUAGUUGGUUUGAGGAGAAAUCUAGCAAUAGUUAUGCACUGUCUGCAGAAAUGUUGAGCAGGAUGUCCUCCUUGGAUCAGAAGCCUGUGCUGCAGAGCACGGACCAUGGAUCGGAAUUUUACCCUGAUAUUUAGCAAGGAACGUCUCUUGUUUAGGAAGCUGUUGAAUCUUUUUUUAAUCGAUACUCUAAGCUUUGAUAUAUUAUAUGAAAAUAUAUAUUAUAUAUAAAUAUAUGUAUGUAUGUAAACCCCACACUGAAAUUUUAAACUUAACUGAUGGAAGCUACAAGGAAUUUUUAAGAAUGAAACAAACACUUAACCUUUACUGACAUCUUCAACUGUGGCAGCUGCGGUAUAGGUGGCAACAUUUCAUUCUUUAGAAACGUGUUGAGGCCAUAGUCUACAUUUUUCAAUUCAACUCAAGUCAUAAGCUAGAUGAGGUGGGCCGAUGUCAUCCUACUUCUCACUAUGCUUUUGUGUGUGUAUAUUUUAUCUCUGCUAUUUUUUCUUUGUUAGUCAGCUAAUGAGCCAUUUCAGACCUUUACUAAUGAUCAUCAGGGCCCUGUGGGUCUAUCUGGGGAGUUCUUGCCUAAUUUCAUCUAGUUUAGAGUAGAUUUUUAAGAAUCCUGUUAACUUUUUCUUUCUGACCCUUUCUUGAUCUUGCACACCAUGGGCAUUUUGAGUGCAAAGCAAUCUUUUUGCCACUCCUGUGAAAAUUCUACUAACAAUUCAUAUAUCUUACAAUAUGAUAUAGCAUGUGCAAACAAAAAUAGCAGAAGGUGGGCUUUUUGUGGUUGUUUUUGCAUUUAUAUUUUUAUAUUGUAGGGAAUAAGAAAAAAAAUACAACUGUUGACUGAAAACCCAGGCUGCUGUGGAAGCUAAAUGGCCAAUGAGUCGAAUCCCAUAGUAUGGUGGACACUCCAGGGCUUAAACUAUAUGUAUGCUAAUUUUGUGUUAUUUAUACUCUGUCUUUGUAAUCAUAAAUGGGUUGUGUCUUCUGUUUGUAUGGGUUUUUAGUAAGUGUAAGAAAAGCCUGCUCUAAUUCUAUAGCAGGAGAUAUCAAUGCAAGAUCAGUCUUUGGUUGUUAUCAUGUGGCUGUUGUCCUUUAUAGGCUCACAUAUCUUCCUCAAGUGCAAAAUUUUGUCAUGGGACAAAAAGCAAAAAUGGAAUAUUGUACUUAUUCCUGUAAACUCUUUCUUUUGAAGGGUGUGCAGUCUGCUAGAAGUUUAGAGAUUGGUCUUGGAACUGAAACAGUAAUAUUUGAGAAGAUCUCUCUCCCUUUUUUUUUUUUACCCCGGUGGUUAAGGUUAAAUAAGCCAAAACAAGCCCGGAAUCUUCACUCAUGCUUGUGCCUUGUUUUGCUCAGAUGGCACAAGACAGCGCUGUGAUAAUAUUGGAUGAUCACAGGAAUAAAAGGAAACCCUGUUCCCGCCCCCCAACAACAACAAAACCCUAGUAGGGUGGCAUGUUUCCCAGAGGGACAGAUUUCAUGCUAAUCUUCAUCAUUUUGGAAGUGCAGUUAUGAUGUCAGUUACACUGAACUUUUCCUUAUUCCUCCUACCCUCUAUUUUAUCCCAAUCUUUCUCCAUUGGUUAUGGUGCUAAGGUAUCUCUGGAACCGUUGCUGCUAGGUGAUAGCUUUUCAUUUGUAUAAAUAAUUUCAAUCAGUAUGUUUUCAGUGGUAAUGUAGCAUGUUGUUAAAGAAAUUUCUCUUCAGGUACAUCUGCACUGGCACCCUUGUUGGUAUUUUUUUAAAUUUCAGUUUGUCCUGCAUUUUCCCAUGUAGAGUCUUCGCAUUUUAUCUCAUACAGCAUUAUUUUUACUCCCCUGGGUUAUAUUUCUUUUCCUGACAAUAACUUAGUGUGGCUGGAGGUGGGACAUCUUGAUGCAUAUCUGUGGGGUUGUGAAGUGGCUAGAAUGAUCAAAGAUAAGAAACAACAAGCACAUAUUCCCUUCUCUACCUAUAGACAAAGUGGAGAUGGGGGGGAUUCGCUGAAGAAAGUAGCAAGUUGCCCAUUACAAGUGCAUAAAAUUAACAUAUUUUUUUGUAAAUGAAAAAAAUAUGACGUAAAGUAAGAGGAAUGCAGGGAAAAAUUGAGAGGAGAGAUAUCACAAAACAGUUGUAUACCUCCAUUGUAGGAAACUUAGUACCUAUAGAAUGCAGUACUAACUUUCAUGUGGCAAACAAAAACAGGAAGAACAGGACUAAUCUGGGGUAAGAAACAUGUGUGCAGAUCUUACUAAUUCCCUAUCUGAAAAAGGACUGAUGCAGAUACACCUUUUAGUCACUUCCACUGCCAAUUUUCAUACACUGCCUUCUUACUCUUUCCCACCUCUGGCUGAAAAAGAAGCACACAAAAAAAGGCAGAGCUGUGGUUUGUCUUCUUUUCAGUAGUUUCUAUGUCAUAUCCUCACAAGCAACAUUUUAUUUACUGGAUAUUAAGAAUUCAUUUUCUCUAUAUGUAUAUUAUUCCCUGUGAGUCUGAAGAGUGAUUGUGUGAGAGCAUGGAUGAGUAAAGGAGAGAGAAAGGGAAUUAUAAGGAAAAGACUGAGAUGUUUUAGGCAACAUUAAAGCAAAUAGUUUUAAAUCAUAUUUUUCACAGUAAUCACCAUUAGUAUUAACACAACUAUAGUUAGUUACUAAUGUAGAAUAGUUUACAGGAUAAUAUACCACAGCACUUUUUCUUAAACAUAGCAACAGCAUUGAGAUUCAAAAAAGUUUUAUAUGCUCAAUAUCAACUGUAUAUCAUAGGUAGUAGGUAAAUAACACUGCAAAUAACAGUUUACACAACUAUACUCAUGUUUACCAGUCAGUGAAACUAAUUUCAGAAUCGCUGUUAUCGCUCAUUAAAUACGACAGUUUACUGCUUAAACAACCAACACCAAAAUCAAUCACUACCAGUAUUCUCUUCCUGCCUAUUGAUUUUGGUCACUUCUGUGUGCUCUUGAAAUUAUCUUAGACCCAACUUCCUUCACCCUGUGUAAUGCCUGAACUUUUAAUGGGUUACAGAAGAUGCAAAAUUAAAUCUGUAUAGAAAUCAAAUGUACAAUGAAAUGAAAAACUUUCAUGUGAUGCUAAGAGUAGAAAAGGCACUUGGCUUUACCUUCUAUUAAAGCUUUUUCUCCCAUUUUUGGAUGAUCAGAGCAAUCCAGCUUUGUGUCUUAAAAAUAUCAUACCAUCUAUAGCAAACAUACGGCAGAAUCCAAUCACAAUUAAGCAAAUUUAAGUGCCUUUGGUUUCAGUGGGGAUAAUAAGCAUGCAUGCCCUUGCAAUUCCUAUUAAAAUCAAUGGGAUUUUAAAGUGUUUAAUUUUGGCUGGGUUUCAAGUUUUCCAGUACUUGGAAUUUUUCAAAGUGUUAUCAGCUUAUCUAUAAAUAUUUAAACCUCCUUGGUCAAAACCAAACUGAAGUACUUUAGAAAUCAGUUUAGUCUUACCUCUUCUUUUAUAAAAAAAUGCUUUUCUGUUAGCAAUAUAACUAUUUUCUACAGCUUGGCUCCAGAAGUGUAAAACUGCUUGCUGCUGUUGGGGUCCAUAUAUGAUCUAACAUUCAAAAUUCAAUUUUUUGGCAUUUGGAGGAGAUGUAUGCAGCAUUCCAUGGCUUAAGAACAGUCAUUCUAUUUCUUCCAAAAUUUGCCCAUUAAUAUAUCUUUUUAGGAUAUAUAGAAAAACAUGUUAUACAUCAUAAGUGAGAUUUUUUUUCUUUAAAUAAGCAGGCAAAGAAAUCCUAAGUCCACCAAAACAAUUCCAAGUCUGUGAAACCAUACUUUUCAAACCUAGCUUUUUUUUUUAAAAAGAAACACUGUUUCUAUAUGGCUUGUGGGCAGUAAGACUGACUGAUUGACCUACAUAAAAUUCAGUAGUGCAAUUAGUAGUUGGGCCAGUUGCCAAGAAGCCAAACCUGUAACAGUAAAAAGUAACAGCCUGUACUGCAAAACAGUGGAUGAUUCCGUACACGUUGGAUAAUGCACUUCCAAUCCUCUUUAUAGAUCAUUUGGAAUGGAUUUUUUCAUGUGCGGAACAAAAAAUCCACCUCAAAUGAUAAAGUGCAUUGAAAGUGCAUUAUCCAACAUGUGCGUAAUCAGCCAAUAUUAAUUUGUUGUUGGGGGAGGGGGGCUGAAAGCUAAAUUUGAAAAAAAAAUGUUUUAAAGGUCAAAGAUAACCUAAGAACAUGAUGAGUGUAUGGUGAAACCUGUCCCAGUUCAAAGAUCUCGUACCUUUCUUCUUGUAAAGAGUUCUAAAGAUUUGAAUGUUUCUAGUCAGUCAUAUAAUGAUUGCAGGAUGAGGACUGCAAGUUGCAUUGGUAGGUAACCAACUUGCAUUGAUUGGUAAAACAGCUUUUAAUUGCUAUUGCGUAUCACUUUUCUUUUAUAAUGGGCAGUCAUAUUGAAUAGGAUAUUUGUCUAAGAGCACCAGUUAUGUUUUAGCUAGCUGUUGAUCAUAAUCUCAGUCAGGUAAAAAUCUAAAGAGAAGCAGAAAACUGCUGUGAAUGUAGUGAAAAAUAAAGGACACUAGAGGGCAUCAGCUGUUAAAUGUUUGCGGUUGUCCAAAGUACAGAGAAGUGCUAGUUAGCUCAUCUUGGAUGGUAAGGAACACCUGAAGCAGGAUUCUCCUGGAGUGGGAGGAGAUAAAGGAUGCCUACUUCAAAGGUAGCCCCUCCAAUUUGGUUUUCCAGGAUCAGGCAACCUGUUCAUGUUAAAUGAGGUAGUUACUGUAAUGGAUGUGUUUGUUAUCAGAUAGAAUACAGAAAUCUCUGAAAAACAAACUUUGUAACCAAAUGUUUUCUUCUUGUUUCACAUCCAAUUGUGAUUAAUUAGUGCGUUUUCCCAUAACUUUUAGUAGUAGCAUUCUAAAACUAAGGGUGUCUGAUGGCAGAUUUCCCAGCCACCGUAACUCAGGCUGUUCUACAGGUAUAUAUGGUUGGCAAACAUUAAUAUCACAUUUUGUACAACCUGCCAGCAGUGAAUAAUCUCAGAUUUUUACAGCCUUCGGGCUAAUCACAACAGGGAUAAUGGUAGUAAAUCAGGAAACCAAAGCUCUUCCUACAUUAGCAAAAGCACAGUGAGAACACACACAUGGAUAGUGAAAGUAUGUAUUCUUACAGCCAGCUGGUCCAGACAUGCCCUCUGCAUUACCCUGAAGGUUGAUCUUUGCUUUGAAUGUGCCUGUUUGCACUUUUGCUGGAAUGGAGUCCCAAAUAUACCUAUCCAGGCAUUUUGAUCCCACAGCACAAACCCAAUGACUAGGAAGACUUUCAGGUUUUCUUCUCCUAAUAAGAUGGGGAAGACGUGUACAACAAACACCCAGAUGCUCAGUACUGCUCCCCCACCCCCACCCUAGCAUUAGAAACCUCCAAGUCAAAAUGCACUCCACUGAACUCUCACUCCAGUAAUAUCUAUGCAAUUCCUGUCUCCCUUGGAGACAAGUAAAAUAUGUAUACAUGUAACCUGGUCUAUGUAUACAACGUAUACUCAUAAAAAGUGCAAUCCACAGAAGUCAGCCUUGAAAACGCCAUUGCCUUCAGCUGGACUUCUGCACACCCAACUUCCUCUGGAUUGCACUCUUCGGUCAUGAUCUAAUUAAAGUUAAGCACUUUGAUGUCCUGUUUUAUCACACUGAGAAAGAGUUAAAUAUGCUUAUUUUCCCCCUUGAAAUCAGUGGGACAAAAGUGUUUUUUAAGUUUUGCUAGGUCAUACUCUAUGUAUGGUGAGACCAUAUGUACCAAUACAUACUCAAAACAUACUAUGUGUAAGAAAUGAAUUCACUUAUCUAUGUGUCACUAUAUAAAGAAAGUGCUAUAUAUUUAUAAUAUGUUUUCAGUAGAUACAUAUAUGGAAUUUAGAGGUAGACCUGACUACCAUAGUUGUAAAGGCAGACUCUUCUGUAAUUAUGAGGGGUAUGAAGGGCCAAACUAAAUGUUAUGGCGAACUCAUGGCUGCCACAGGUUUGCUGUUGUCAUUUUAAGGUGACGUCUCAUGGGCACAAUCCUGAUCAGGCACAUGGUACAGAGCUCUCUCCCCUCGCAUGUGACUUUUCAAGGGCUGAAACAUCCAUAGGGGGACCCACAUAUUCUUGUUCGCCAUCAUGUUUAGUUUGGCCCUAAAAGACUGAAAAAAGAGGACUUACAGUGUAACUUUUCAGCCCAAUUUUGAUAUCUGCCUAUGUAUAGAAAGUUACCCAGUGAGAAAAGAUGUCGCUAUGGCUAGGAAAAGGAAUUUUACUGGCAUGGAAGACAAGUGCUAUGAAUAAAGCAGUGUUGGGCAUCAUCUUGUCAGAGAUGAAAGUGAACACUUAACUGUUGGUAUCACAUAUACUUCCUGAUACCUAUAUUCUCACUUAGGCUACUUCAUAUCCCCCUCACUUCUCUUGGCUGCUUACAUAGACUUCAUGAGUGGAGAUCCCAGCAUACUGAAAAAUAGUUUCUCUUCCAGCCCACUGCUUUUUGCUAUUGCUUGGUGACUAGCAAAGUAAAAUGGAUGGGCAAAUUAGCAUCAAUUGUUUAAUCCUAGCAUCAAUUUGUGAGAGACUGCAUUGACUGCAGUGGCAUUUCUGCCUAAGCAGCAAGAUGUAGGACUACAGCAUGUCUGUUAUGUCUAGGAGCACUGGAUAGAGCAAUGUUGAAAGGCAAUAAUGGCAUAAGGAAAGGGAGAAGAGCAUAAGAAGAGAACUCUGAGUACAAUAGGGACAUUUAUUGUACAGGGUAGUCGUUCCAUAGUGGUUCUUGUACAUGUAGUUGCACUGUUGUUCCUCAGUUACUUCUGCCCUUUCUGGUCACAUUUCAAAGAGCAGCUGCCUUUGAGUUGUUAACUGCACAAACUGGCUGACACUCUGGCUGAGCUUUGAAUUGACAAUGGAGUUAACGUGCUUGGACUGAGAACACUGUAGUCUGAAAGCUUGAAUUGCUUGGCUUGAGGCAUUAUGACUGAACCACUCCUACUAAAUAAUUUCAAUGUGAUUAUUAUUAUUUUAUAUGUAUGACAGAUUUCAUGCGUCAAUUGUAGAUUUAAACCAGCAUUUUCACAGAUCACCCUUUUACAAAAACAUGCUGAAAAGCCUUUGAGAUGGACAACCCAUUUUGUUUCUUUUCUAUCAUGCAGAAACUCUGAUGUGGACAAAGCCAUUUGUCUUAUGUAGUUGAACAUUCUUUUCUGUUAUGUGUUAAGGCAAGUACCGAAGCAUUAAUAUAGCGUAUUCAUUCAUGCUGUUGAUUUUCACAGUUACUUCAUUCCAGGUGGGUGAAGAAAGUAAGAUUUGAACUUCCAGUGCCAGACAUCCAGGCACCAUGUGCAAUGCCUUAUACAAGUUAUGUUUAAAAAAUGGGGGUGGGGGUGAUAAGGCAAAGGCAGUAAUCUUUUUCCUCAGCCAAGUGACUACUUGCACUGGUGUUGUGCAGUUUGUUGAGCAAGCUUGUGCCACGCACCUCUAAUAAUGUAGUUUGUUACCCUCUGUGAUAUGUCAGGGCUUUGCCACCACACAACUCUGGAAACCCACCUCAGUUACUUACCUGGCCUACCUGAAACCCACAAGCUGCUGGACUUUAGGGUAUAAGCCCAGACAAGAACAGCUACCUAGAAAACAAACUCCUCAGGACUGAACUUCAUGGACCUAUCCUCUCAUGGCUACUGGACUAUUUUCCAGCCCGCAUGCUGCCAACAAAGCAUCCUUGCUCUGUACAGAAAUCCCUCAAUCACUGCACCUCAUGUAUAGAAAUCCGAAGCCAAUGCAGGGGAGGAACAUCAUGUACGCUGUAAUUAUCUAACUACAAAAGGAGGGCUGUUGGAUUUUUCCUAUUCAGGCAACCCCAUAAACUCACUUAACAAGAAUCAAAGAGGGGAAAUAUCUCCUCAUGUUUGCCUUUUUCCCCUUUCUCUCACGAGUCCUGGUCCCCAAACUGUUAGUUUAACCAUGCACACACACAAGAGGGAAGGGGAGAAACAAUCUAGAAAUUUAUUAUUACAUAUGUAUUAAUAUGUUAAUAUCACAAUCUUUCUGACAAUGUUAAAAUGUUAUUUGCGGACUAUGCUUUAUAGUACCUGUGUGAAAGGGCCUAGGACACUGGAUACGAAUAGAGCUAUGUUGAUAUAUCAUAGUAUGUACACGAGAACUUUCCUUUUGUCAUACAUUAUACUUGUAAUGUAAGAUGAUUAUUAAUAAAAACACUUUGAUUUA